AUGAUGGAAGGCCUGGACGACGGCCCCGACUUCCUCUCGGAGGAGGACCGCGGACUUAAAGCAAUAAAUGUAGAUCUUCAGAGUGAUGCUGCUCUGCAGGUGGACAUUUCUGAUGCUCUGAGUGAGAGAGACAAAGUAAAAUUCACUGUUCACACAAAGAGUUCAUUGCCAAAUUUUAAACAGAACGAGUUUUCUGUUGUUCGACAACAUGAAGAAUUUAUCUGGCUUCAUGAUUCCUUCAUUGAAAAUGAAGAUUAUGCAGGUUACAUUAUCCCUCCAGCACCACCAAGACCUGAUUUUGAUGCCUCAAGGGAGAAACUGCAGAAACUUGGAGAAGGAGAAGGGUCUAUGACAAAGGAGGAAUUCACGAAGAUGAAACAGGAGUUGGAAGCUGAGUAUUUGGCAAUAUUCAAGAAGACGGUUGCAAUGCAUGAAGUGUUUCUGUGUCGUGUGGCUGCACAUCCCAUUUUGAGGAAAGAUUUAAAUUUCCAUGUCUUCCUGGAAUAUAAUCAAGAUUUGAGUGUGCGAGGAAAAAAUAAAAAAGAGAAACUUGAAGAUUUCUUUAAAAACAUGGUUAAAUCAGCAGAUGGAGUAAUUGUUUCUGGAGUAAAGGAUGUAGAUGAUUUCUUUGAGCAUGAACGAACAUUCCUUUUAGAAUAUCAUAACCGAGUUAAGGAUGCAUCUGCUAAAUCUGAUAGGAUGACAAGAUCCCACAAAAGUGCUGCAGAUGAUUACAAUAGAAUUGGUUCUUCAUUAUAUGCUUUAGGAACUCAGGAUUCUACAGAUAUAUGCAAGUUUUUUCUUAAAGUUUCAGAACUGUUUGAUAAGACAAGAAAAAUAGAAGCACGAGUGUCAGCUGAUGAGGACCUCAAACUUUCUGACCUUUUAAAAUAUUACUUAAGAGAAUCCCAAGCUGCUAAGGAUCUCCUCUAUCGAAGAUCUAGGUCAUUAGUGGAUUAUGAAAAUGCCAAUAAAGCACUGGAUAAAGCAAGAGCAAAAAAUAAAGAUGUUCUGCAGGCUGAAACAUCCCAACAGUUAUGUUGUCAGAAAUUUGAAAAAAUAUCUGAAUCUGCAAAACAAGAACUUAUAGAUUUUAAGACAAGAAGAGUUGCUGCAUUCAGAAAAAAUUUAGUGGAACUGGCAGAGUUAGAACUGAAGCAUGCAAAGGGUAAUCUACAGUUGCUGCAGAACUGCCUGGCAGUGCUCAAUGGAGACACAUAA